AUGACCAAAUCGGUACUUAUCUUCGGCGCCUCUGGGCUAAUGAUGGGCCACCUCCUCCCUCAUAUCCAACAGCGACAUGGCUCAGAUUUCACCUGGACAGCUUACGUCAGACCGGGAUCGAAAGGGAUUGCCUUCCUGAAAAGCAUCAAUGUAAACAUUAUCGAAGGUUCAUGGGAUGAUAAAGAAACAAUCUCGAACCUGGUCAAGAAAUACGAUAUUGUGUGGGACUCUGGAGAUUCGCACGAUCCCUCUCUUCCUAACAUUAUUGUUCCUGCCCUCCUUAACGGACAGAGAACCACCACGUUAGUCAGAUUCAGCGGGACCGGUAACUGGAUCACUCCUACCGGAGGCAACGACGAUGAGUCCGCUAGACUAUACGAUGAUUCGAACGAAGGAGAUAUUCGAUCUAUCCAUAGUGAGAUGUUCAACGGGGCGGGCGAUCUAUUAGCUCUUGAGGCAUUGGAUAAGGGGGUCAACGUCUGGAUUCUAUGUACUGGCGGCGUCUACGGUCAACGACCCGCUGGAGUAUCUUCCGCUGGGGUUUUCGUGCGAUUGUACACUAAUAACGCAUUGCAAUUGGGAUACACACCCUACAUCGGAAAUGGGGGAGGUCAUAUGCAGUUGCUCCAUAUCCAAGACCUUAUCUCGGCAUUUGACCUAUUCUGGGCUCAGGUCUUAUCGUCCAUCGACUCAAACGGACCAGUACCCAAAGACGUAUCGGAGCGAUACCUCUUCGCACCUGGUUAUUCAGUAGAAUGGAAACCUAUCGCCGCAAGUUGGUCCCAAGUAUUCAAGGACAAUUUCCAGCUGGACCUGCCUGUUAAGAACGUCCCUGUCGAAGAGGCGGGAUUUGUAAGCCCUCUGAUCGUCUCUGAGAUGAAGGCUAAGCCUACUCGGCUUGAGAAGCUAGGCUGGAAGCUAGCUGGUCCAAGUAUAGAAGAGGAGUUGCCCCUUAUCUUACCAUCAGGAUCGCAAUUGCCGUUGGCUUAG